GUAUUAUUCAGGCGCGCUGUUUGGAGUGGGCGCUACGAAAUGGUUGUGUCAGCAUUAUAUAUUCUAGACAACAAAGGGAAAGUCCUCAUUCAUAGAAAUUAUCGUGGUGAUAUUGAGACAAGCGCCAUAGAAAAAUUCAUGCCUGUCGCGAUGGAAAGAGAAGAGGAAGGUAGCCUUAUCCCAGUUUUGCAAAUAGGUGAAAUAACCUUCACAUACGUCAAGUACAACUACCUGUAUUUGGUAUGCUUAACCCGUAAAAAUGCCAAUAUUGCAAUGGUUCUGGCAUUUUUAUAUAAACUUGUCAACAUAUUCCUUGAAUAUUUCGGAGAGUUUGAAGAAGAAAGUAUUCGCGAUAACUUCGUUAUUACGUAUGAGCUGCUAGAUGAAAUUAUGGAUUUUGGAUAUCCACAGACAACUGACACAAAGAUACUUCAGGAAUACAUCACUCAAGAAAGCCACAAACUGGAAGUGGCGCCGCGUCCACCAAUUGCUGUAACGAAUGCCGUUUCAUGGCGUUCGGAAAACGUGAAAUAUCGAAAAAAUGAAGUAUUCCUAGAUGUUGUUGAGUCAGUAAACCUGCUGGUGAGCUCCACUGGUAAUGUCUUACGUAGUGAGAUUGUUGGGAGCAUAAAACUUCGUGUUUAUCUCUCUGGAAUGCCCGAACUCCGUUUGGGAGUUAACGACAAAGUCAGAUUCGAAAAUAUUGGGCGUGAUAAAGGAAAAGCUGUGGAACUAGAAGAUGUGAAGUUUCACCAGUGUGUUAGGUUGUCAAGAUUUGAAAAUGAUAGAACAAUCUCAUUUAUUCCCCCUGAUGGCGAGUUUGAACUUAUGUCCUAUAGACUUAAUACGCAUGUUAAACCUCUAAUAUGGGUGGAGGCAAUUAUCGAAAAACAUGCUCAUAGUCGCAUGGAGUACAUGGUGAAAGCUAAAGCACAAUUCAAACGACGAAGUACAGCAAAUCAAGUUGAAAUCCACAUUCCAGUUCCAUCAGAUGUCGAUUCACCAAGAUUCAAGACAACUAUGGGAAGUGCAAAAUAUGUUCCAGAGACAAACGUUGUUGUAUGGACAAUACGUAGUUUUCCCGGUGGUAAAGAAUACAUCCUUAGAGCUAGCUUCGGGUUACCUUCGAUAGAAAGUAGUCAAGAUGUGGAGUCUAGACCACCAAUAACUGUAAAAUUCGAAAUACCAUAUUUUACUGUUUCAGGUUUACAGGUGCAUCAUUUAAAAAUUAUUGAGAAAUCUGGUUAUCAUGCGCUUCCAUGGGUUCGUUAUAUCACACAGAAUGGUGAUUAUCAACUACGUACUUUGUGAAAAGCUGAAAGACAAUAAUAUUGCUCUUUGUGUUUCUACCUGCAAUUAUGUUUUUAUUUCUUAACUGUUAGUUGUUGUGUAUGAAAAAUACGCUAGGGCUGUCGACGGGUGUAUUGUUUACCUACUAUUUGCAUAUUUAUGAAAGGUGUAUUCGCUUCUUGUGUAAUUCUACCGAUUUAAAGUUCAUCAAACAAAAUUAUUCUUGAAUGGGUUCUUGUUGACAUUUCCUUGUGUGUUUAUCCACCUCUUUUCUGCUGUAUUAUACAUGUGUUUACUCUAUGAACAAUAAGUGACAAAAAUUUAUAUGGCUGUGAAGUACUCAUAAUAUCAUUACUAUCAAUAUUAUGAUUAUCAUUAUAACCAGUUCAUCUGUGGUAGGCAUGAUUUUUUUUAACUAAAGAAGAUAAUUUGUCACAAUCAUAUCUAAUAUAUUCAAUGGCUGAUGAUAUAUAUUUUAUUCGUUUUUUCGGAGGGCGAAGGAGUUGGCAUGUCAUACAUCUUUUAUCUGACAUUAUUACUAUUAGAAAAAUAUUCUCGAAGGAUAAACAUUUUCAAUUUGUUUACCUAUGUUAUAUAUUAUCGUUAAUUGAAAAACAACCUACUGCCUUUUAGAUG